GUUGGAGUCUACAGUUCAGCCCUGGGUCCCUUUCCGUUUUGUGGAGGAACACUGAUUGCGUCCAAAUGGGUGCUAACGGCCGCUCACUGCAUCCUCGCUGCCCUUGAAUGCAACGAUGCCACAGUUGGUCGGCUCUUCUCCUAUCAUGAUAUCACUGGAGAACAUAUGGCGGUAACUGUCGCAGACCAUAACUACACGCAGCGUCAGCAUCCAGCCUACAACAUGCGAGUGAAAGGUGUAAUUGUGCAUCCAUCCUACACCAACGCCAGCAUAACCUCUGGCCAUGACAUCGCACUCCUGCAAAUGAAUCGCGCAGUCAAACGAACAUCGGUUACAGAAUAUGCCUGUUUUCCUGAGCGUGGGCUGAAUCUUCCUGCUGGGUAUUUUUGCAAACUUGCUGGCUGGGGACGGAUUCCUCAUCCACCUCAUGAGCUACUCCCAGAUUAUCCGGAAACACUGAUGGAGGGCGGCUGUGACAGUGACAGCGGUAAGGGACCGCACUGUUUAACUCAAGAUGGAUCCAAAUGGGUUCUCUACGGCGUACCUUCUCUCGCCGCCUAUAUAUGCAAGAUAGGAUUCGAUGUAUUUGCAUUGAAGACGCCGAAACUCAGCUGGAUUAACGCAGUAAUGACUGCACAUCCCUAA